AUGAAGACAAGGACAGGAGGAGGACACAGGAGGAGAACGCACAAAGGACAAGGAGAGGAGGCAGGAGAGGAGGCAGGAGGAGGAGAGGAGGCAGGAAGAGGAGGCAGGAGAGGAGGGAGGAGAGAGGAGGGAGGAGAGGAGGCAGGAGAGGAGGGAGGAGAGGAGGCAGGAGAGGAGAGAGGAGAGGAGGGAGGAGAGGAGGCAGGAGAGGAGAGAGGAGAGGAGGGAGGAGAGGAGAGAGGAAAGGAAGGAGGAGAGGAGGCAGGAGAGGAGGCAGGAGAGGAGGCAGGAGAGGAGGAAAGGAGGCAGAAUAUGAGAGGAGGCAGGAGAGAAGGGAGAGGAGGAGAGGAGGCAGGAGAGAAGGGAGGAGAGGAGGCAGGAGAGGAGGCAGGAGAGGAGGCAGGAGAGGAGGCAGGAGAGGAGGAAGGAGAGGAGGAAGGAGAGGAAGAGAGGAGGCAGGAGAGGAGGCAGGAGAGGAGGCAGGAGAGGAGGCAGGAAGAGGAGGCAGGAGAGGAGGGAGGAGAGGAGGCAGGAGAGGAGGGAGGAGAGGAGGCAGGAGAGGAGAGGAGGCAGGAGAGGAGAGAGGAGAGGAGGGAGGAGAGGAGGAAGGAGAGGAGGCAGGAAGAGGAGGCAGGAGAGGAGGCAGGAGAGGAGGCAGGAAGAGGAGGCAGGAGAGGAGGGAGGAGAGGAGGCAGGAGAGGAGGGAGGAGAGGAGGCAGGAGAGGAGAGGAGGCAGGAGAGGAGAGAGGAGAGGAGGAAGGAGAGGAGGCAGGAAGAGGAGGCAGGAGAGGAGGGAGGAGAGGAGGCAGGAGAGGAGAGAGGAGAGGAGGGAGGAGAGGAGGAGAGGAGGCAGGAGAGGAGAGAGGAGAGGAGGGAGGAGAGGAGGCAGGAGAGGAGAGGAGGCAGGAGAGGAGAGAGCAGGCGGAGGGAGGAGAGAGGAAAGGAGAUGAGGCAGGAGAGGAGAGAGGAAAGGAGGGAGGAGAGGAGGCAGGAGAGGAGGCAGGAGAGGAGGCAGGAGAGAAGGGAGGAGAGGAGGCAGGAGAGAAGGGAGGAGAGGAGGCAGGAGAGGAGAGGAGGCAGGAGAGGAGGCAGGAGAGGAGGAAAGGAGGCAGAAGAGGAGAGGAGGCAGGAGAGAAGGGAGGAGAGGAGGCAGGAGAGGAGGGAGGAGAGGAGGCAGGAGAGGAGAGAGGAGAGGAGGGAGGAGAGGAGGCAGGAGAGGAGAGGAGGAGAGGAGGCAGGAGAGGAGAGAGGAGAGGAGGGAGGAGAGAGGAGAGGAGGCAGGAAGAGGAGGCAGGAGAGGAGGGAGGAGAGGAGGCAGGAGAGGAGAGAGGAGAGGAGGGAGGAGAGGAGGCAGGAGAGGAGAGGAGGAUAGGAGGCAGGAGAGGAGAGAGGAGAGGAGGGAGGAGAGAGGAAAGGAGGGAGGAGAGGAGGCAGGAGAGGAGGCAGGAGAGGAGAGAGGAAGGAGGGAGAGGAGGAGGAGAGGAGGAGGGAGGAGGCAGGAGAGCAGGGAGGAGGGAGGCAGGAGAGGAGAGGAGGAGAGGAGGCAGGAGAGGAGGAAGGAGAGGAGGAGAUGAGGCAGGAGAGAAGGGAGGAGAGGAGGCAGGAGAGGAGAGGAGGCAGGAGAGGAGGCAGGAGGGAAGGGAGGAGAGGAGGCAGGAGAGAAGGGAGGAGAGGAGGCAGGAGAGGAGGCAGGAGAGGAGGCAGGAGAGGAGGAAGGAGAGGAGGAAGGAGAGGAGGAGAGGAGGCAGGAGAGGAGGCAGGAGAGGAGAGAGGAGUGGAGGCAGGAGAGGAGGCAGGAGAGGAGGCAGGAGAGGAGAGGAGGCAGGACAGGAGGCAGGAGAGGAGGAAAGGAGGCAGAAGAGGAGAGGAGGCAGGAGAGAAGGGAGGAGAGGAGGGAGGAGAGGAGGCAGGAGAGGAGAGAGGAGAGGAGGGAGGAGAGGAGGAAAGGAGGCAGAAGAGGAGAGGAGGCAGGAGAGAAGGGAGGAGAGGAGGGAGGAGAGGAGGCAGGAGAGGAGAGAGGAGAGGAGGGAGGAGAGGAGGCAGGAGAGGAGAGGAGGAGGAGGCAGGAGAGGAGGAGAGGAGGGAGGAGGGAGGAGGGAGGAGAGGAGGGAGGAGAGGAGGCAGGAAGAGGAGGCAGGAGAGGAGGCAGGAGAGGAGAGAGGAGAGGAGGGAGGAGAGGAGGCAGGAGAGGAGGCAGGAGGAGAGGAGGCAGGAGAGGAGGGAGAGAGAGGAGGGAGGAGAGAGGAAAGGAGGGAGGAGAGGAGGCAGGAGAGGAGGCAGGAGAGGAGGAGAGGAGGCAGGAGAGAAGGGAGGAGAGGAGGCAGGAGAGGAGAGGAGGAGAGGAGGAAGGAGAGGAGGCAGGAGAGGAGGAAGGAGAGGAGGAGAGGAGGCAGGAGAGAAGGGAGGAGAGGAGGAGGAGAGGAGAGGAGGAGAGGAGGCAGGAGAGAAGGGAGGAGAGGAGGCAGGAGAGGAGGCAGGAGAGAGGAGGCAGGAGAGGAGGAGAGGAGAGGAGGAGGAGAGGAGGAGAGGAGGCAGGAGAGGAGAGAGGAGAGGAGGCAGGAGAGGAGAGGAGGCAGGAGAGAAGGGAGGAGAGGAGGCAGGAGAGAAGGGAGGAGAGGAGGCAGGAGAGGAGGCAGGAGAGGAGGCAGGAGAGGAGGAAGGAGAGGAGGAAGAGAGGAGGAGAGGAGGCAGGAGAGGAGAGAGGAGGAGGAGGGAGGAGAGGAGAGGAGGCAGGAGAGAGGGAGGAGGGAGGAGGAGGCAGGAGAGGAGAGGAGGCAGGAGAGAGGGAGGAGAGGAGGCAGGAGAGAGGGGGAGGAGAGGAGGCAGGAGAGGAGGCAGGAGAGGAGGGAGGAAGAGGAGGCAGGAGAGGAGAGAGGAGAGGAGGGAGGAGAGGAGGCAGGAGAGAAGGAGGAGGAGAGGAGGCAGGAGAGGAGAGAGGAGAGGAGGCAGGAGAGAGAGAGGCAGGAGAGGAGACAGGAGAGGAGGCAGGAGAGGAGGCAGGAAGAGGAGGCAGGAGAGGAGGCAGGAAGAGGAGGAGAGAGGAGAGGAGGCAGGAGAGGAGGGAGGAGAGGAGGCAGGAGAGGAGAGAGGAGAGGAGGGAGGAGAGGAGGCAGGAGAGGAGAGGAGGAGAGGAGGCAGGAGAGGAGAGAGGAGAGGAGGGAGGAGGGAGGAGAGGAGGGAGGAGAGGAGGCAGGAAGAGGAGGCAGGAGAGGAGGCAGGAGAGGAGAGAGGAGAGGAGGGAGGAGAGAGAGGCAGGAGAGGAGAGGAGGCAGGAGAGAAGGGAGGAGAGGAGGCAGGAGAGAAGGAGAGGAGAGGAGGCAGGAGAGGAGGCAGGAGAGGAGACAGGAGAGGAGGCAGGAGAGGAGGCAGGAGAGGAGGCAGGAAGAGGAGGCAGGAGAGGAGAGAGGAGAGGAGGGAGGAGAGGAGAGGAGGCCAGUCUGA